GAUGGGCAAAGCCUACCUUCCAGGAAAAAGAGCAGAGUCCUGUGUCUUCUCUUAAUUCUAUUGACUAAAACCUUGGAAACUAGAGAAAUUUUCUUCCUACCCUCUCUCUUAUGAUAUGUAAAAGAAAGGAGAAAUGUUCAAAACCUGCUUCUCAGCUCAAAUGCUAACAGCAUAAUAAAGUGUACAAAAAUGAGGAAAAUAAUUAAGCCUUCCUCUCUUAACACUUGUUCACAUCAUAUUUACAAAUAGGCAUUUUCCCUUCCCCUUUGCCUUACCGGGUCAACAAGUAUGUACUGAGUAUCUGCUACAUGUCCUGCCCUGGGGUCUUCCCAUUAGAGGUAAAGAAGUAUAAGACAGUUCCUGACUUCUAAAAUUUUAUAAUCUUCAGUGGGGAGAUGAAUGAAAAAUCAUGAAGCCAUUCAUAAUCAGUUCAAGAUGAUAUGAAAUGCUGCAUAAUUAAGCACUAGGAGAGUAUGGUACAGAUGACAAAUACUACUGGAAUACAGAGUAGGAAAAGGCAGAAGAAAGGGAUUGGAAACUAACAUCUGUGAAGCAUCAACUCUUACUAGGCAUUGGACACUCGAACACUCAUGGCAUUCUCACCUCACUCCUGCAACAACAGGAUUGGGGUCGGGGAGAGACAUGUGUAGGCGGGGGUGGUCACAGAAGGGAACAUGAGUGAGUGAGUCUCUUGAGCUUGAAAGUGGUGGAGAAGAGUGAAAAAGGUGAAGGAACCGACAUAAGUAAAUGUGUCAACUAGUCAUGUUAUGGGGAGUGGGAAAAACUGCUAUGGAACCCUAGGAUGGAGCAUGAAUAUGGAGAGCCUCAAACACCAGGCAGACCCUUGAGAUAUAUUUCAGUCAGAAGUGGCAAGAUAGUGACGAUUACUGGACAAAAUAAAAAUAUCUUGUGUCAUUAAUCACCGUUUAAAACGGUAGAGGAAGAACUCUGAAAUGGAAGGCAGAGGAACCUACAUGGGGGAAGUAGUGUAGGGGCUGUAUUCUACCAUAUGGUGGUAGUAGAAAUUGAAAUGAACACAUUAUCAAAGAGAUUCCAUAGGAAUGAGCGGCAGGACUUAGAAGCUGAUUAGUAAUAGGGACAUAGGAAUAUAUCCUUAAUAUAGGAGAUGGAUUCAUCAAAGACAGCUCUAGAGGUUUAAGUAUAAAAUCUGGGGUAAAUGUUGGCAGGCAGCAAGGCAUGGUAAAUAAAACAUGGGCUCUGAAAUUAGCAAACCUGCGUGUGAGUCACAGCACCAUUACUAUGUAACCUUGAGCAAGUUACUCCUCUGCAUGGGGAUAAUAAUAGUACCUCCUUCCUUGGUUUGCUGUGAGGAUUACACAAUAAUGAUUAUUGAAAAGCACUUAGAACAGCACCUGGCACACAGUCAACAUCCAGUAAGUUUUAGUUAUUACUAUUAUUAAGUCCAGAUGUCCUCAUUGCAAAAUAGUGCUUGUUCCGUAAGAUUGGAGUUGUGCAAGUUAGGCUUAAAUCCAGUUCUCUCACUUCUUUGUUUAACAUGGAUGAGCUUCAUAAUGUCAAGUGAGGACACUAGAAGCUACUUCAUCACAGAAAUCUCCUGUCCUCUGGAUCUUCCCACUUUUAGAACAUCAUGUGCUCUUAGAGAUGUCACCAAAUGAAUUUCAUAGUCCAACAAGCUCCAUGCGUAAGAAUGUGAAGUGCAACUCAUCGUUGGAAUGUCUUUGCAUAGCCCCAUCCUGGAAGAAGCUCUGUGAUGUGUGGAUCGUGAGUUUGCUCAAGCAAAUUGGACUCUUUACAAGGAAUAGCUAGAUUUGAGGACUAGGAUGGAAGAGCCAGCACCAGUGGAAGGCCAGGGCCAGCUCCCAAGCCCCCACCAGGGCUCUCUGAGGAAAGCCAUGGCAGCUGCCCUGGCCCUUGAUGGGGAAUCCACACUGGGUCGCAGGAAAAAGAAGAAGAAAGAGUCCCGCCCAGAAUCUAUUAUCAUCUACCGGUCAGAGAGUGAGAAACUGGAUGAGGAGCCUGGGGAAUUAGAAGGUGGAGAUCAGCCUAAAGAGGAGGAGGGAGAUGAUUUCCUAGACUAUCCUGCGGAUGAUGGUAUGUGGAACAUGCCUGUGGACAGCCGCUAUGUCACAUUAACUGGGACCAUCACCCGAGGGAAGAAAAAGGGGCAGAUGGUGGACAUCCAUGUCACGUUGACAGAGAAGGAGCUGCAGGAACUCACCAAGCCUAAAGUGUCUUCAAGGGAAAUGGCACUUGAAGGCAGAAAGGCCUGCCAGCUGGGAGCAGACCGUGGGCCCCACGUGGUCCUCUGGACGCUGGUCUGCCUGCCUGUGGUUUUCAUCCUCUCCUUCGUGGUCUCUUUCUACUAUGGCACCAUCACCUGGUACAAUAUCUUUCUUGUGUACAACGAGGAGAGGACCUUCUGGCACAAGAUCUCAUGUUGCCCCUGCCUCAUUCUCUUCUAUCCAGUGCUCAUCAUGGCCAUGGCCUCUUCCCUGGGCCUCUAUGCUGCCGUGGUCCAGCUCUCAUGGUCCUGGGGAGCAUGGUGGCAAGCUGCCCGGGACAUGGAGAAAGGCUUCUGUGGCUGGCUGUGCAGCAAGCUGGGUCUGGAAGACUGUUCUCCCUACAGCAUUGUGGAGCUGCUUGAAUCUGACAAUAUCUCAGGCACUCUGUCCAACAAGGAUGCCACCCAGGAGGUAGAAACAUCCACCGUCUAAACUCCCAACAACUUACUUCAUUCUCUGGUCUCAGUAGCCUGUAUAUCGUCUUCCAAUUUCAGAAUAUUCCUUCUUUAAAUUAUUCCUCCCCCCCUCUUCCCCCAUACACAGUUCUUCUGGAAAAUUUUAGCCCACACUGAUCUGUCCUACCAUCUUGUUGGUUUCCAGGAGGGCAGGAAACAGAAAAGCAAUUUGUGCCCAAAUAGUCCAUCCAAUGGAUAAACUCUUCUUCAUUCCUUGCCCUAUGAUGACCAUUUAUCUGAGACAAGGGAGCUCAGGUGUGUGUCAGUUCAGGAGCUUGGAGGUGUUCCUGGUGGCUGGAACCCAGGGGAGAUGUGACUAAAUGUGACAGGGAGAAUAAGGUGGCUCAGGGGAGACCAAGUCCACCAAUAAGAUAAUAGAUAGGGAUGGAGUGAAAUAUUUAAGAAGCAGGCUGCAACAGUGUAGCAGAAUGUAAAGAUAUGUGUGUACCACUUAGAUUUUGAUUUAUAUAUUAAAUAUAAUUAAAAUCCAAAAUCAGUAGUUUAAACAAGAUAGAAGUCUGUUUCUUUCCUGUAUAGAAGAAGUCUGGAGGCAGACCAUCAGAGAAACUGAGGAAGUCAUCAGAAUCCCAGGCUUUUUUUAUUCCCCAACCCUCAUUGCCUUUAUCCUCAGCACCCAGUGCUGACUACAUCUCCAGCCAUCACAUCCCUGUUUCAGAUAGAACAGAGGAAAGGGCAACGAAGAGCACGUACACCCUCCUAGGCUAAGGCGGCUUCUCAGGAGGCCCCCUCAACACUUCUUGUAUCUCAUUGGCCAGACCAUAGUCACAUGACCUCACAAGCAAGAAAGGCUGGGAAAUGUAGUCUUUUGGCUGGGCAGCUAUAUUCUAAAUGUUUGGGUUCUGCUAAUUUAAGAGACAAGGAAAUAGUGGCUAUUUUGGUAGGCAAGUAAGAAUCUCUGGCUCACAGUAAUUAUUUAAAUACAUUCAGAUCCAAAACUGCGAAUACAGUUUUAUUUAUGUAUGUAUGUAUUUAUUUAUUUAAGCCUAAAUAUUGCACAGAGAAUUUAUACAUAGAUACUAGCUACAUAUACUAUGCAUAAACCACACGUAGAUAUUAGCAACUCAUGUAUGUUGCAAUUAAAUAUCUAUAAUGCCAUGUGGUUUCAGGUUUUUUAGAAAGGAAGAGUGAAUAGUUGAGUACAGUUAUAUCAUAGUAGCAUAGCUUUCUUCCUGGUAGUGAAGGUGGGCCUGGGUGGUGAUGUUUAGUUUAAUGUAGAGAUGAAAGACUGCAAAGGGAGUCUGUCAGACUUUCCCCCAGCAGGGUCAGCAGCCCUAAGCACAAGAAGACAGUUAGCUUUAUGUGGUUUGUCAAAACUCACUCAGAGCCUCACUCACUCAGAACUUUCUUCUCACAGCAAACACAGUCUUUGCUGUGCUGAAAAGCUUGGGUCUUCGUGGACACUGAGGGUGUAAACCAGAUGGAUCCAGAUUAAUAGAUUCUGAACUUAAAAAAAAUAUUCCUGAGGGUCUCUUUCUAAUUUCAAAAAAAUCAAAUCCUAAGAGGUCAAGCAGAUUUUGGAGGUUUGGGUCCUUAUAAGAAUAGCUGGUGCCCUAUUCGUGGUUCAUGUCUCAGGAAGAAGCUGUUGAAAGAACUGCUGUGAAUCAAACCAGAUGGGUCAAGCAAUGCUGUCCCACAGAAGGCCAGGACAUUUGCCUGAUGCAUGGUGCUGAACUCCACCUUCAGAGGAAAUCCCUCCUUUUUAAAAAUAACUAUUAUUAGCUUGAAAAAAAAAAAAAAAACCUCUGUCCAACACGUUUGAAGAUAAUGUUGGUGCUCUCUGGUGCUUUUGCAGAGAUAUAAACAAUUGAAAUGAAGA